AUGUCGACAAUGUCAGCACUCCAAUUAUCACGCCAGCUCACUCUGCGCAAUAUGCGCAACCCACAGACCUCUAUCCUCGCCCGCUCGCUCCUGGCCUCGCGCCCCGCCAGCACCAGCUCUAAACCAGUACCCAAAGGCCGACUACUCGAGAAGCCUACACGCUUCAACCCGCCGUCUCACCCCGCUCGCCUACCCCGCCGCAACAGACAACCUGCCUUCCAAGUGCCUUUGAGUGCCAAAGAGAAGGAACAGCAGAAGAGGAAGCAAUACCCACACAUGAUGCCACCCGAGGGAACCUUUUUCCACUGGUUCCUCACGAAUCGCACCAUUCACGUCUGGAUCACCAUGUCCAUCCUCAUCUCCCUCGCCUUCUUCACCUGGCUCAACAACUUCUUGACAAACACGCCUUACCUCGACCAACUACCACCCAACAACAUGUUCUUUUCUCAUCCCAUCGCAUUCCUAUCUCGUUACGCCGAAGUCUACAAUCUUCACUCCCAAUACAUUUCCAUCCAGACCGCCGAGCUCCGCAAAAACAAAGUCGACGAUGUGAGAAAGAGGGCAGAGUUUAGAAAAGCACAUGGUUUGAACGAGGAAGAGGGUGUGUUUGGUGGCUGGAGUGCUAGAGAUAGUGGAGAGAAGAAGGAGGAGGAGAGUGAGGUUUUGGGGGCUGUGGGUAAUGAGAUGCCUGUGAGCAAGGAGGUACAGAAGGAGAGGGAGGUCUUGGAGGCUACGACGGUUGAUAAGGAAAACGCUGGAGAGACGUAUACUGAUUUUGAGGGUAAGAGGAGGCCGAUCAAGAAGUGGUUGGGUAUUUGGUAG